CUAGUUACUCAUGCGGCUCUCAGGAGUGUUGGUCACUCUCGGCUGCUGUUGGUGCUUCGGCAUGUUGAGGAACAGCAGAACCCCAGUCGCUUCACUUAACAGCUGGACUUCAUUAAUAAUCCAUAAUUGCUUUGUGAGUUAUGUGCUGUGUCUCACUACAUCAGGACAGUGAAGACUUGUUUGGUCCAAAUGACAUGCAGGCCUUUACAGUGGCACGGCAACAAAUCGCAUUGAUUACUUUGGCCGGGAUAUAAAGUUAGCAGCGACCUAGAUUUCUCAAACCACAGCGUUCGGUCGAAUGAAGAACAGCCGCCUCUUUCAGAUAAUUGUUAGAUGUAUUUUGAUCAUGCCACCAGCAUGACCAACGCUUUUUCCUCAUUCAGCGUUUUUAUAUCUUUUAGAAAAGUGAUUAAUUCAAAUGCAGCAGGGAUGUCCGUGUGAGGAUGGGCGACUGGAACUUUCUGGGAGGGAUUCUGGAGGAGGUUCACAUCCACUCCACUAUGGUGGGGAAGAUCUGGCUCACCAUCCUCUUCAUCUUCCGCAUGCUGGUGCUGGGUGUGGCGGCCGAGGACGUGUGGAACGACGAGCAGUCCGACUUCAUCUGUAACACGGAGCAGCCCGGCUGCCGCAACGUCUGCUACGACCGCGCCUUCCCCGUCUCCCUGAUCCGCUACUGGGUCCUGCAGGUCAUCUUCGUGUCCUCGCCCUCGCCGGUCUACAUGGGCCACGCCAUCUACCAGCUGCGUGCCCUGGAGAAGGAGCGUCACUGCAAGCGUGUGGCUCUCCGGCGCGAGCUGGAGACGAUGGAGGCAGAGCUGGCGGAGGCUCGGCGGCGGGUGGAGCGGGAGCUGCGGCAGCUGGAGCAGGGGAAGCUCAACAAGGCUCCCGGCCCGCUGCUGCAGACCUACCUGGCGCACAUAGUGACCCGCUCCGUGGUGGAGGUGGGCUUCAUGACGGGCCAGUACCUGCUCUAUGGACACCACCUGGCUUUACAGUGGCACGGCAACAAAUCGCAUUGAUUACUUUGGCCGGGAUAUAAAUGCGAGCGGGAGCCGCGUCCCAACGUGGUGGACUUCUUCAUCUCGCGACCCACCGAGAAGAGCGUCUUCAUGGUGUUCAUGCAGGGCAUCGCCGCCACGUCCCUGUUCCUCAGCCUGCUGGAGAUCCUGCACCUGGCCUACAAGAAACUGAAGAAGGGGCUUCUGGACUACUAUCCUCACCUGAAAGACGACCUGGGUGACUAUUACGGUGCCAAGAAGAACUCUGUGGUGCAUCAGGGGCGCAAAGCCACCAUCCCGACAGCGCCCAGCGGAUUCACUCCGCUCCUGGAGAAACAGGGCAACGGACCCACGAACCCCGUGCUCAUUAACCCCUCGUCUGCGUUUGUGCCCAUCCGGGGUGUGUCGGACGUGCAGCGGGAGAACAAGGACGUCGUUCCCGGUCUGCUGGAGCGCAACAGCAAUUCCAACAACCCCUGCAGCGAGACUCGCUCCCCUGUCGCGCACAUGCGGUUCCCAUUGGAGUCGGAGAGCGCAGGCUUCAGCAGCCUCCUGAUAACGGACCCGCGCAAGCAGCGUGAAGCGCACACUUUGCACACGCGAUCGACUUGUGAUCCGGUGUUUUCCGCGGCUCAGAGCGGCUCUGUUCACAGUGACUGCAGUGAACUCCGUUAUUGA